CUUCCGCUCUUUUGAAUAAAGUUUUCUGUCUGCUUCUUUCUCCUUUUCCUCUUAGUUUCUUGCUGGUGUAUAAUUCCACGGUUGGUGGUUAUCCUCCAGUAUAUAACCGAACUGGCCCUAAUUCAUGUCUGAACAUUAACUUUUCCUACCUGGUAGGAACAGCUACAAGCAGGACAGGACCGGGCCUGAGCUGGACCUUGACCAUUGCCCUGAUCCUGACCCAGCUUCACGCAAGUGACCUCUAGGAAACUUCAGGCUUUGGUACACCUGAAGAAGUAGGGGGAAACCAGAGGGGCUACAGGAGCCUGAGGCUGUCAGCAGACUGUACUACAGCAACCAUGCCACGCUGUGUGGAGGUACUUAUAAUUGGUGCUGGGAACCGGGGACAGACUUAUGCAUUCUUCUCGAAGGAUUUUCCAGACCGAAUGAAGGUUGUGGGAGUAGCAGAUUGUCGCCUAAUUGCUAGACAGAAUUUGCAGAUGAAGUACUCAGUGCAAGAUUGCAAUGUCUUCAAUGAUUGGAAGGAUGCUGCAGAACGGGAGAAAUUUGCUGAUGCUGUUAUCAUAGCAACUCCAGACAGACAGCAUAAGGACCCAGCAGUGGAAUUUGCAAAGAAGGGUUACCACAUCCUGCUGGAGAAGCCCAUGGCAGUGACUGUGGAUGAUUGUAAAGAGAUUGUUGCAGUGUGCAAGGAGAAUAAUGUGAUACUUUCUGUUUGCCAUGUGCUGAGAUACUCUCCACCGAUUUUAAAAGUACAAGAGCUGCUAUGCCAGGGAGUGAUUGGAGAAGUGGUCCACAUCCAACAUCUGGAACCUGUUGGUUUUUAUCAUUUUGCUCACUCGUUUGUCCGAGGAAAUUGGAGAAAUGAACAGGAAAGCACCUUCUCACUAAUGGCAAAAUCUUGUCAUGACAUUGACAUCAUCAACAGUUUGAUGUUUGGAAAGAGGUGCAUCAAGGUUUCAUCAUUUGGAUCUCUCUCACACUUUACUAAAGACAACAAGCCUGAAGGUGCUGCUGAUCGAUGCUUGGAUUGUGCUGUGGAGAAGUGCUGUCCAUACUCUGCCAAGAAACUUUAUCUGGAAGGUGUCAAGAAUGGUGAAAAAGGUUGGCCCAUCUCGGUGAUCUGUGAAGGGUCGAUUGUUGACAUUGAAUCAGUUACGAAGGCACUUCGUGAUGGCCCAUAUGGGAGGUGUGUUUACGAAUGCGAUAAUGAUGUUGUCACCCAUCAGGUUGUCAAUAUGGAAUUUGAGGAAGGAGUGACAGCAGCUUUUACAAUGGUGGCCUUCACUGAAAAGCUAGCCUCUAGGAAGAUAACAAUUUAUGGAACUGAGGGGGAACUGUCUAGCGAGGGCCAGGAUCCAGUGACAGUUUUCGAUUUCCUUACAAAGACAAAGACAGAAUACCCUUUGGACUAUUCGGUAAUGAAGAAAACCCACCUGGGAGCACAUGGAGGAGCUGACUACUACCUAAUGGACAGCUUCAUACAGGCUAUUGCUGAGAACAAUCCAUCACUGAUCAGGACAGGUCCUGAAGAGACCCUGGUCAGCCAUCUGCUGGUGUUUGAUGCCGAACGUGCAAGGAGAGAAAGCUGCCUGGUUUACUGUGCCCAUACAGAAUAAUCAAUAGCUGUGAUCACCUCAGCAAGCAGAAGAUAUUCAGGAGCAGUUUUUAGGAAUGAGUGCUGCUAGUGCAGAACUCUAUGUUCCAGGAGUAGCCUGCCCCUCAAUUCCAGAAAACCAGGUUGGGGUGUGCUACCCUCUGUACCUCAACUCUGCAGGCAAAUAUGAUUUUUCUUUUUUAAAAUCCACUCCCAUGAAUCAAAAUGUCAGAACCAUGGGAUUGAAUGAAUUGUAUUGAAAUCUGCUCAAGAAAUACUUUACAAUAACCAAAUAGAAAUUUGUGGGCAGCACAUUAGAAAUUCUUGGUAUUUGCACGUGGGAGACACUCUCCUCCUGCAGCACAAACUCUGAGUUGAUCCAAAAAUCAAUUCAGGCAGGCUGGGGUGGAAAUUCAACUUCAGCAGACUUAGAAUGGACGUAAGUGAAUUGGCCAUUUGUUAUAAUCCCCUCUUGUUAUAACCCAACCAUUAUAAACCCUACCCAUUAUAAUGUCCAUCCAUUAUAAACAUCACCCAUUAUUUUUCCCAUCCAUUACAAAUCCCCUCCAAUUAUAACCCCACCCAUUAUAACCAGUCAUUAAAAACCUCACCUAUUAUAAACCCUUCCCAUGAUAAACUCCACCUAUUAUAACCCCCACCCAUUAUACAACCCUGCCUUUAUAAACACCAUUGAUUAUACACUUGUGCUUAUUAUAAGCCCCUCCCAUGAUAAUCAACAUUCAUUAUAAACCCUUUCCAUACACCCUGCCUGUUAUAAGCCCAUCCAUUAUAAGCACCAUCCAUUAUACACUCAGACCGCCAUAAACACCUCUCAUUAUAAAUCCUGCCUACCAUAGGCUCCUCACAUCUUAAAUCCUGCGCAUUAUACACUCUACCAAUUAUAAACUCCACCAAUUAUAAAUCCCACCAUUAAUCGCUCAGUUUAUUAUCAACCCUGUCUGUUAUACAUCACACCAAUUAAAAAUCCCUCAUUAUAAACACAUUAUAUAUACCCAUUAUACAUCAUAUGUAUUAUAAGCUCCACCCAUUAUAAACCCGUCCACUGUACAUCCCAUCUGUUUUACAAUGUGCCUGUUAUGAACUGCACACAUUAUUCACUCUAACCAUCAUACACAGCGCCUGUUAUACACACCUGUAAAUACCCUGUCUGAUAUGCACCUACCUUUUAAACACCACUCCAAUUAUACACCCUAACUGUUUUAUACCCUUGUUAUGCACUAUGCCUGUGCUGUUUGUUUUACAGCUCAUCUGUCAAACAGCCAGCCAGUUAUAACCCUGACUGUUUUUCCUUUCCAUUGAAGCUAAUUUUCUAAAGGUGUUGGCCAUGAUUCAGUAAGUUGCAGCCUCACCUCUUGAUUCAGGAAAUCAUAGAUUCAUAUCUCACUUCAGAGAUUUGAGCACAUAAUCUAGUCUGAUGCUUCAGUGCAGUACUGAGGCUGCAGUGCAAUGUUGGAAGCGUCGCCUUUCACAUGAAAUGUUAAACUUUUGUCUUAUCUAUCCUUCUCAUGUGGAUGUGAAAGUUUCUAUGGCAUUCUUCAAAAAGGAACAGAAGAGGCCUCCAACAUUUAUCCCUUAACCAACACUACUAAGAGAGAGUGUCUGGUCAUUUGGUCCAGUGCUGUUUGUGGCAUUUAGCAGCGCUUCCCCACAGUGACUGUAUCUCAGAUGUACUUCAUUGUUUCUGAAGUGCUUGGGAUGUCCUAAGGCUAUGAAAGCCAUUAUGUAUAUGCAAGUUUUUUUUAGUCUUCUAAAAAGAAACAGGGCACAAUUGGAUUUGAACUGGCGGGUGUUGUGGGUUAGAGGGGGGGCGGAAAUGAAAACCCAGCCAGCACACUUCAUAAUCAAAAAUGCAAACAAAAGGUUAAAAACAGACAGCAAGUUCGUCAGGAUCUGAAAAUGAAAAGAUGGGUGAAUGUUUUGGUGGAGACCUGUCAUCAGAACAAUUUAUACCAAAUUGGUUAGAGUGCAUCUUCCCUUUGGUGAAGUUGGUUGAGUCAUUGUUGAGGAUAGUUGAGGAGCAAGAAUCCCUCAGUCAUCAUUAUAGCACUUGGAAGAGGCCAGAUAGUUAGCUCCAGAUUUAACGGCUCGUUAUACAAGUAUAACCUUUCUGUGAGCGCAGGAAUUAAUUGAGGAUGUUUCACAAGAUCUCAAUAUCUAGAACACGUCCUCAUUGAGAUCUCAAUAAAUCUGAUGAUUUCCCAUCAGACAUUUAUACAGGACCAAACCAUGAGCAGCUAAAUUGCAACUUUUAAUUUCUGGUUAAUUAUUUAAAUUUUCAACAGAAGUGCUAAGUAUUGAGUAACUGUCAGUUUGUUGUAUACUUUACAUAUCUGAUUUACCUCGGCAAUGAAGAGAUGACACCAGUUUUAAGUAUGCAACAGCUUUAUUCACAGUGCUUUACAAGAUAUCUCCAUACACAGAUCUAGUUUCUCAGGCCUUUCUAAAAGGCUCUGUUUACUUUAGUUUUCAGAGGCUACACCCAGGCUCAAUCAAUCUAGCACAAUGAACAUAGAUCAGUCAACAGACAAACAUAAUCAAACACAGAUCAAUUAAACCAUUGAACACCACACUUAGCUGAUCUUCAUAAUUUUCUGCAAUAAUAGAACCCAUGAUAAAUUUUAACUCAAUCCUUUAUUCAAAAUGAUAGUAGGAUACAAAUACAAAUAGAUCAGCCAUGAUCUUCCUGAAUGGCAGAACAGGCUCAAAGGGCCAAAUGCCCUACUUCUGCUCCUGCUUUGUAUAUUCGUAUGUAUGUUCAUUUACAAGAUAGUAAAGGUUAUGGGAAAGGUAAACCCAGUACACUACACGAAGAUUCGCAAUAACAGUGUUAUGAGUGAUGGAGUUCAAACUAGUGAAAUUAGUGUAGAGAACUGUAGUUGAGAAGAACUCCUUCACACAAACUCAGAUUGAUUCUUUGGAAGAGCUGGAGGCAGAAAUCAUAGAGCCAGCCAGGAGCCAGUUAGAUUGUAUGGCAGGGGUCAGGGAUAUAUCUACUCCCUGAGUAAAGAUGUGGCAAAUGACCAUCUUUUGUGUCUAUUUAGUGAACUCAUGCUCUAGUAUAGUAGAGCAACCCAUUGUGAAUGCUGGGACAGUGGUUGUACAUGGUGUUACAUUAUGGGCUUUCAGGUGUAAUUGCUGGUGAGUAAAUGACAGGCAAUCAGACUGAUCCCAGUAGUUGAAAUUAACAAGGGGGCACUCCCACCCAACUCAGGAACUGAGUCUGGCUAUAUGAUUUACAUUCAGAAAUCAACGAAAAAUAAAGCUGGACUACAUGUAAACUGGGUGGUGAGUAAUUUGGGUAGAUGAUUUAAUCCCCUCAGUUUCCCACCAGGUGAGUUAGGUUAAAAUUAUCCCCGUAAAACUAAAAGUCAACAACAGUACAGAAGAUACAUUUGCUGUGAAUCAGUUGAUUUUCGCCAGAGCAAUACCACAAGUGCUGAAACUGGCCUCUGCCCUGCGGUGAGUCACUGGGAAAAAACUCAGGAAAAGGACAAAAAAAAACGACCAAAUUUAAAUGGAGAUAAUUUUUUCAUCAUUUCUAUAAGAAGUGAAUUUACUUAUAAAUGACGCUGUCAGGUUAAUAUAUGGAGGAUUAGAAUUUCCAAUGUUAUUUUUAAUUGCAAAUUAAAACAAACACUUCUGGAA